GGGAGGGAGGCGAGGGCGAACCGAGGAGAUUUCCUGCGUGGCUGCGAGCGAGAUCCCUGCAGCCGCGGCGGGCAGGGCGAAUGCCAGGGCGUCCCCUGCUUGCUACUGCUGCCGCCGCCGCCGCCUCAGUUCGCAAGCGGCGGUGCAAGGAGGGCAUGAGGAGCCAGCGCGCCUUGACGAGCCGAACUGGGCGAGUCCCCCGAAGCCUAUGGCAUCUUAUUCUAGAAGGUCCAUGAUGGAAUACUCCAGUUCAAUGUUGCUCAUUUCCAUUAGUUUUCUACAUAUUGGAGCAUUGCAUGACAAUGGAACUACAUCACUUAAUGAUACAACAACAAGUCCUCCAAAUGUAAAUGGCCAGCCACAGCAUCUAUUGACUUCAAUGCUGAUCCUGAUUCUGGUGUUCAUAAUUUUAGUUAUUUUAGCUGGCUAUUUUUUCAGGUUCAGGAAACACAGAAAAGCAGUUGUGAAUUCAAGUGAUAAAAAAAUGCCAAAUGGAAUCUUAGAAGAACAAGAACAGCAAAGAGUGAUGCUUCUCAGGAGGUCUCCCUCUGGCCCGAAGAAGUAUUUUCCUAUUCCAGUGGAGCGCCUUGAAGACGAAAUACGGAUAAGAGCAGCUGAUGAUGGAAAGUUAUUUCGGGAGGAGUUUAAUUCAUUACCACCUGGAUAUAUGCAAGGAACACUUGAGAUGGCAAAUAAAGAGGAAAAUAGAGAAAAAAACAGAUAUCCCAACAUACUACCUUAUGAUCAUUCCAGAGUAAUGUUAAUGCAGAUAGAUGGAGUUCAGAGUUCAGACUAUAUUAAUGCUUCAUACAUAGAUGGCUACAAGGAGAAGAAUAAAUUUAUAGCAGCUCAAGGUCCUAAGCAAGACACAGUAAAUGAUUUCUGGAGGAUGAUAUGGGAACAGAAGUCUGCGACCAUUGUCAUGUUAACAAAUGUGAAAGAGAGAAAAGAGGACAAAUGUUUCCAAUACUGGCCUGAUCAAGGAUGCUGGACUUAUGGAAACAUCCGAGUUUCUGUGGAGGACUGUAUAGUUCUUGUAGAUUACACUAUUCGGAAGUUUUGUAUUCAGCCACAGGUUUCCGAUGGCUGCAAAGCUCCAAGGCUUGUGACUCAGCUUCAUUUCACCAGCUGGCCUGAUUUUGGAGUGCCUUUCACACCUAUUGGAAUGCUCAAAUUCUUAAAGAAAGUAAAAUCAUUGAAUCCUACACAUGCUGGACCUAUUGUGGUUCACUGCAGUGCUGGUGUGGGUCGGACAGGCACGUUCAUAGUAAUAGAUGCCAUGAUUGACAUGAUGCAUACUGAACAAAAGGUUGAUGUUUUCGAGUUUGUCGCAAGAAUUCGGAAUCAACGCCCACAAAUGGUUCAGACUGAUAUGCAGUACUCCUUCAUUUAUCAAGCCUUACUUGAAUACUACCUCUAUGGUGACACAGAACUAGAUGUGUCGUCUUUAGAAAAGCACCUGCAGCCAUCGCACAAUGCAGCACCAAAUCUCGUCAAAAUAGGGCUAGAAGAGGAGUUUAAAAAAUUAACAAAUGUUCGAAUAAUGAAAGAAAACAUGAGAACUGGUAACCUGCCAGCGAAUAUGAAGAAAGCCAGAGUUAUCCAAAUCAUUCCAUAUGACUUUAACAGAGUGAUUCUUUCAAUGAAAAGAGGUCAGGAGUACACAGAUUAUAUCAAUGCUUCCUUCAUAGAUGGCUAUCGGCAAAAGGAUUACUUCAUUGCAACUCAAGGACCACUUCCUCAUACAGUGGAAGACUUUUGGCGAAUGGUGUGGGAGUGGAAAUGCCAUACAAUCGUUAUGCUAACUGAAGUUCUGGAAAGAGAACAAGAAAAAUGUUUUCAAUAUUGGCCAUCAGAGGAUUCUGUUACUUAUGGAGAGAUUACCAUUGAGAUAAAGAGUGACUCGCUUGCAGAUGCCUUAAGCAUAAGGGACUUCUUGAUUACACACAGUCAGGAGAAGCUGGGAAGACUUGUCCGACAGUUUCAUUUUCAUGGAUGGCCAGAAAUUGGGAUUCCUGCUGAAGGGAAAGGAAUGAUUGACCUCAUUGCAGCUGUCCAAAAACAGCAACAGCAGACAGGAAACCAUCCCAUUACAGUGCACUGCAGUGCUGGAGCUGGAAGAACAGGUACAUUCAUAGCACUCAGCAAUAUUUUGGAGCGAGUCAAAGCUGAGGGGCUCUUAGAUGUAUUUCAAGCUGUGAAGAGUUUACGACUGCAAAGACCACAUAUGGUGCAAACACUGGAACAGUAUGAAUUCUGCUACAAAGUGGUACAAGAUUUCAUCGAUAUAUUUUCUGAUUAUGCUAAUUUCAAGUGAAAAUCCCUGCCUUAUUUUUUUUAUUUAAUCAUCUGUACAGAAAUUUGUAAAUUGUUAAUUUAUUUCCAUUGAUUUUUUUUAACUCUAAAUGUACAUAUGACCAAAUUUGUUUUUCUCUGAAUGUCUCCUUAGAUGUCUAUAGUACUCCAAUAAGCUUUCUCUCUGAUCCAAAAGUGCAUGCACAGAGCCUUUUGAAACAAUUGAGGAAGCUUCCAAUCAAGUGUUUAGGGGGCGGGGAAGCAGAAGAAGUAGAUCUAUGCCUCCUUCUCCUUCUCCCAAACAGCUGAGCAGUGGGACUUUAAUUGUUUUGAAUGAGUUCCACUUGUGCAGCUCCAGCUGUUGGAUAAAGGAGGGGACCUGUACACACAACACCCAUUUGCAUGUGGGACUGCCCAUCCAGCUUGGGAUAUAUGUGCACAACCUGUGUCUGCAUGUGUAGUGCCCCUAGCUGGAUCAAGGUGAUUUUUCACAUUUUGCAUUACAAAUGCCCAUGUAUAAUAUAUCACAGUAUCUACUGUUAAGAAUAUAGGGCACAAUCCAGCCUAUGUUAGGCAUAUUUAAGACCCACUGGUUUCAGUGGGUGUAUUAAGCAUAUGCUUAAGUCUUUCCCAUUGAAAUUAAUGGGACUUGGAGCCCAGUUAGUGUGGUCUAGGAGCACUUGAUGCUGUAGCAUAGCUGCAAAGUAAUCAGUCCCUUGGAUGAGAGACCAGUAAGAGCCCAUGUAGGAGCAGGAAAUAAAUAUUUUUAAAACACAUCAAUGGGACUUUAAAAGUGCUUGAUUUUGGCUGGAUCAUACCCAUAUUUUGCUUAAACAUGUGUGAAAUUGUGACCUUUUAUUUCUAACAUUUAGCUUUCAACUGACUUAAUAAAAUCUAAUGUUUAUAAAUCAAACAUGCUAGAGCCAAACUCACACUACCAUCAACACAUGAUAAGUGUUUCACUUGGAGCAUGUUUUGCACAAUGAUUACACUCUACUAGGAAACUGCACUGAAAUGAAUGUGGGCUGCCCAAGAGCAUUAUAUGUAUUCUUGUGCAAGCUGAAUUCAUUUCCGUAAUAUCUGCAUAUAAUGUCCUGCAGCUCUCUGUGCUGGUUUGAUCCUCUUACAUUCAUUAACAUCUUGCUCUCUCUAUAAACCUAUUGAUAUUAAUAUGCCUUGUUGACUGGGAAAACACAUUGUUCAACGUAUACUUUGAGGUGGGCUUGUUGGAUCUACUUUGGGUUUUGUUUUACUUGAGAUCCACUAACUGAAUCCUGAUGCAAAAGACACUGAGUUGGAUCCAGAAUUAGACAUGCAUAGAGUAGAAACAUUGUAGUUAUGACUAACUCACCCCAUUAAUUUCAAUAUUCUAAACAUGACUAAGGCUGGAUCAAAACCAUAGAAUCAAAAGAUUCUGAGCCAGGGGAUUUGUUUUGAGUAUCAGAACUGAACUGAAUUCACAGUCCUGUGACACACACAUCCUCUCCUGUUUUAUUUAUUUCAGAAGUAUAAUUUAGGGCAGUGGAGAAUCAUUUCAUUAAACAAUUAGAAAUUCAGAAUCCUUGCCAAUCUACUGCAAAUCAUCCAGAGAUCUGCCAUAGAUCCAAAUUCUGCCCACCUCUAAGCAAAACGGUCAGGUUAUAUUCUAUAGGUAUUUCUUCAUCUUGGGUUUCAAAACCCAGGUUAGACACAUUUGGGUUUUUUGGUACGAUUCACAUCCUUACAAUUAAGCACAACUCUUUCAGUAGAUUAUAGAGGUACAUGAAUCCUCCAUCAGCAGCAACAUGAGAUUUAAACUAGCUUUUAAAAAAAGUAUAUUUUUCCUGACAAGAUUGUAGGUAGUUCUGUUUUAAUGGCAUGUUGUCAAUUAGCACCACAAUGUAAAUACAGAAUUUUUAAAAUUCAGUUAUGACAUCUUAAAAGAUCAUAUUAAGGUAUCAUUUUAUUUAAUGUAAUUUUAAAGAAAGUAUUAACAUAAAGUAACAUAUUUAACUUACAAAUGAACUAGCAAUAUUUGAAACUAUUUUGUAUUUUGAAGGGUAAGAGAUUUUGUUUUUCCUGUCACAAAUAGAUUGAAACACAUAUAUAAAGAAAAAUGUAUCUCUUCUAUUUAAAACAAUCUGACUGACGUUAGUUGUGAAUAAGUACUAUUGAAAGUAAUGGGACUUAAUUUAGUAGUGAAGUCAGUGGGGCAUUGGCAUGACUAACAUUAGCUGAAUCAAAGCUGCUUUGUGAAAAUAAUAUCCACUGAAAUUAGUGUCCUGAGAAUUAUGGUGUUUGCGUUCAGUCAUGUCCACAGAUAAAUAUACUUGAGUUCCCAUAACAUCAGUGGUACUUAAGAGAAAUAAUGAUGGACGGUAUCCCUCCAAAAUGUCUAGUAGUGUCUCAGUUCCAGAGUGCAUGCAGACCUCUCAUAUGAGCAAAGAUUUUCCCAUUUACUUCAGUGUUGCCUGUAAAUGUACAGAACUGCCCAAUAACAAAGUCAGUGAAGUUGCCUUUGCUUGCCAAGAGCUCCACAUACAUGCAGGAGUGCCUGUAGAACUUUAGGUUGAGCUUAUAAUGUGCAAUCAAUCAUGCACCAAUAGAGCACAAAAGUCACUCAUUUUGAUGUGACAUGCAUAGUGGGUUGCAUCCUUGGAUUUUGCUUUAAUGGCUAUGAUCACCUAUAAAUCAACUAAAUAAGUCUUACAAUAU